GAUAGCCACAAAUUCCCUCAAUAAUUCGAUGGUAGUGUGCAUCUUGUAACCCGAGAGUAGCUAGGUAGAAUAAAUAGAAAGCUCAAGGAAGAUGGAGACUGAGAGUAAGAAAGAAACAUUCCUCUCAAGUUCCUUCAGGGUGACCAGUUGACUACCAAAAAAUGGAUGUUUACCAUCUCAAUUCUCAUGCACCAGUUUUAAAUUCCCCCAAUAAUUAAUAAUAAUAAAAUCCUUCAAAAACCCCAACUCAGCUUCUUCACUGAAUUAGGUUUUCAAAUAGUAUGAUGGAAGGAGAGAGAUCAGCUUCAGUGCUACCAAACUACGACCUACAAGUUUCUUUCUCUACGCCUCAUGACGCCAUCCAUGAAAUGGGGUUUGCUCAGUUUGAAGGAACCCAGGUUUCGAGUUUCUUGGCCCCAGCUUCCAACUUACAAUCACAGUCUCAGCCUCUUAAUACUACCAACUCUACUACUGCCACCAUAGGGUUUGCUCAUGAGGACCAGGUAGGAUCGUUAGAUCUCAAGGCUGUUAAUGACGAGAAUUGCACUGGUAGUGAUGGUAAAAGUUCAUGGUGGAGGAGCUCAUCCUCAGAGAAGGGCAAGGUCAAAGUUAGAAGGAAGCUUAGAGAACCAAGGUUCUGUUUCCAAACAAGGAGUGAUGUAGAUGUGCUGGAUGAUGGUUACAAAUGGAGAAAAUAUGGUCAGAAAGUUGUCAAAAACAGCCUUCAUCCAAGGAGUUAUUACCGGUGCACUCACAAUAGCUGUCGAGUGAAGAAGAGGGUUGAACGACUUUCAGAGGAUUGUCGAAUGGUGAUAACAACAUAUGAAGGUAGACACAAUCACUCUCCUUGUGAUGAUGAUGAUUCUAAUUCAUCUCAACAUCAAUGCUUCACUUCGUUGUUGUAAUGAAUUCAAUUGAUCAUUAAUUUUCCAUAAUUAAAUUGUCUUCUUA